GCUCUAUUGCCAGACUGUCUCGUAACCCUCUCCUCCUUUCUCUCCCCUUCUCUCUCGUCAGCAACAAUUCCAUAAAGAUCGAAGCAUGGAUCAAAAGGACAAAGAAUCCCCCAAUGUUUGAUGUGGAAGAGUAGGAGAAGGAGAAACAGAAAAAAUUCUGUAUAGUAUUGGCAGUUAUCUUCUUUCAAAAAUGAGUCUUUUCGGCCUCGGAAACAGGAACCAGAAGACAUUUCGGCCCAAAAAGAAUGCUCCAUCUGGAAACAAGGGGGCACAGCUGAAAAGACACAUUGAUGCCACAUUAGGUAGUGGGAACCUAAGGGAGGCUGUACGAUUACCACCUGGGGAGGACCUUAAUGAAUGGCUUGCUGUCAAUACUGUUGACUUCUUCAAUCAGGUCAAUAUUUUGUAUGGCACUCUCAUAGAAUUUUGCACACCAACCAGCUGCCCAACAAUGUCAGCAGGACCAAAGUUUGAGUAUAGGUGGGCUGAUGGGGUUCAAAUUAAAAAGCCUAUCGAGGUUUCUGCACCAAAAUAUGUAGAUUAUUUGAUGGACUGGAUUGAAUUGCAGCUUGACGACGAAAACAUAUUUCCACAAAAACUUGGGGUGCCAUUUCCUCCAAAUUUUCAUGAUGUUGUCAAAACGAUAUUCAAGCGUCUGUUUCGGGUGUAUGCUCAUAUUUAUCACUCCCAUUUUCAAAAAAUUGUGAGUCUGAAGGAAGAAGCUCAUCUCAAUACUUGCUUCAAGCACUUCAUUUUUUUUACAUGGGAAUUCCGUCUGAUCGAUGAGGGCGAACUUGCACCUCUUCGUGAUUUAAUUGAAUCUAUCAUUGUUGCACUUUGAAAAAUAAUGACAACCCUGAAAAGUAAUGGACAAAAAUAACCAACCAGGAUCCUGGUUGCUCUCUUUAACCAUUAAUGUUCACAGGUGAUGAUUGUGAAGAAAAAACAUAGAAAAUAAAAGCAACCUCUUUGAUCUUUUUGAUUGAUUGAAACAAGACCUUAAAAA